AUGUCUAGUGAUCGGCAGACUGCCAGGAUGAAAUUCUGGAAUUCCAUUUCCAAAUCCAAACGUAAACCAAGCAGGAGCAGCAGCAGCAGCAAGACUGAAGGGAACAAUCAAAGGGCUGAGAAAGAAGAGGAGAAGGACAUUAUCUUUGUUUAUAAGGGACAAUCCAAGAAGCACUAUCCCAACGAUUUCACCCAUGCUAUCAUUCACUCGUCAGUGCGAAAAAUUGGAAAAGAAGCCUUCUUUAACUCUGAAUCUCUCUACAGCAUUGCCAUACCACCAAGAGUAAAGACCAUUCGUCAGUCUGCCUUUGAAGAAUGCAGUUCUCUAGUUCUUCUGGAUUUGUACAAUGGUUUGGAAACGAUUGAAUAUGCAGCCUUUCGUUCGUGCCGGUCACUGUUGGGGACUACUAGUACAGGUGUAUUGCAACAAAACAAGGAUAGUAGUAAUAAUGACCGCCGCACAAUAUUUGUGAUCCCAAAGACGGUGACGACGAUUGGUGGUCAUGCCUUCUUCAACUGUAUUUCUCUCCAGCAUGUACAAUUUCACCAAGGACUACAGAGUAUUGGUCGUGCGGCAUUCUCAGCGUGCCGGUGGUUACUGGAAAUCAAACUCCCAUUGGGCCUGAAACACAUUGGAAACUCGGCCUUUUGUCAAUGCAAGAGCCUCCGCGCCGUAUCCAUACCGCCAACAGUGCACGCCAUUGAAGAUGGUGCCUUUCAAUACUGUUCGGCCCUUGGUCAAGUGGAUCUGGAAGAAGGCCUCAAGUCCAUCGAGUCCACUGCCUUUGCAAGUUGUUCCGCAUUGAGUGCCAUUGCGUUGCCAUCAAGCCUGGAGAAGAUUGGAUUCCGAGCCUUUUUGGGUUGUACCAGUCUUGUUGGUGUGGAAUUUCCAAGCGACUUUAGUGCCUGGUUUGGGGAAGAUUGCUUUGCGCAUUGCAAUUCGUUAGUGAAUGUCUCCCUUCCAGCCUCGGUCCAUGCCUCAUGUCCAAAGCAAGUCUUUGCGGGAUGCGAAAUGUUACCAGAACAUCAGGCUCUGCGUCUACAAGAACGAUUUGAAUACUUUCCUGUGCACAGAGCCUGUUAUUAUGCAUCCGUCGGCACGGUGUACGAUUUAAUUCUGGCGCUAGAUUCCCAUGGUGAUGAUCCCAAACUCCUCAAGGACCAGUUUGGUUUGACGGCCUUUCACAUUGUGGCCACCUCGGCCCAUCCCAGAUUUGAAAUGAUGAGAUGUUUGUUGGAUAACUAUCCAACCGAGAUUUUGGAAUACAGCGACAAGACUGGCAGGACCAUGCUAGACUACUUGAUGAUGCAUUCGUCUUCCGCAAAAGUGAUUCCAUUGAUCCAACUGGUACUCCAACGGACAAUCGUGGACAAACUGUCAUCUUGGGGUGUAGGACACACAUGGGUGUCGAGCUUGUUGGGAUGCUUGGAGUCGAUCCAGAGUGAUUAUGAUAUUGAAACUCGAUGCAAAUAUGUCCAUGACUCUUUCUUUGGCGAUGUGGGACACUGUAUAAGACUAGAAUCGACAUCUUUAUUCGAAGAGGCACUAUGGAAGAUGAGAAUGAUGACAGUGGAGAAAGAAGAGAUGCAAGGCAGGAAUGACUAUCGUCAACUCUGUCGAUUUCAUUGCGGAGCAGAAGUAGUGAUUGGCAACGUCGCUCAAUACUUGUGGAAUGAAGACGAAAGCAAGGCCGAUACUGCAUUAUCCAUUUUCGGGAAUCUUGUAACAUCAUUGAAUAAUUAUGAUUAG